UGUGGUGCACUGUGAUGCUAUAGCACAAGGAAGAGAGAGGAAAUGUAAAGAAGAUCUAGAGCCCACUGCAGAUGUUUGAUCCUUCCUAACCAAAGGUUUAGUUUUUUUUUCAAUUUUCUUUACAUUACUUCUUGCUACAGGCCUCCAAUCUGUGCACAGUGUGCCUGUGUUUGUCAGUGUAUGAGAUCCCUGGGCCCUCCUUCAUGCCAUUAGGGAGUCAGUUAGCCCAUGCUGAGGAAGAGGAGCCCCGAGCUGGAGAUGGAGGACAGAGAUGCCCUGCUGGACACAGAUGUUGCUGGUGAACAGCUCAGUGUAAACAGCUAUGGGACUCUGCGCAAUGGAAGGUUCAUUCCACCCUCCUGUUUGACUGCUACCUGUGAAGGUGAAGUUGAGGACCUGGCAUAUGUCACCUACAACAAGUGCGGUCCCCAACCCCCAGAAUCUCAAGGCAACUACUUUCGGGAUGGAAAAACCAAAAUAGACUUUGUGUUGGUGUGGGAGGUGCGAUCACGGAGGAAGAGAAGGUCUCAAGCCAGGAACCAGGGUGAGAGGGAUGGGGAUGCCGAGGGCGAGCCUGAGGAGAGCAGCAGAUCAGAACGGCGAAGGGCCCAGCUGACCAAAUGGAGGGAUAAGUUCAUACGCAACCUGCAGAAUGCCAAGCUUCUCUUGGAAAAGGAAGAGACUGUGAGUGAAAAGAAAACCAUCCACUACCUGAAACUUAGCGCUCCUUGGGAUCUGCUGGUUUACUAUGCUGAAGAACUCUGUCUCAGAGCACCCUUACAGGCCCAGCCAAAUCCAAAUCUUAAUACUUCAGACCAGGUCCUCAAAAAAUUCUGCCUUCCAAACUUCAUGGCAGAGGUGGUACCGAACAAACCUGUGAACUACUACACCUGUGCCUUCCGCAAAUCCAAGAUGGACAAGUUCCUAGGCUCUGAAAACCGUGAGACCUAUUUUAGUAACACACAGCGACACCGUGUUGUGUACGAGAUCCUGUGCAGAACAGCCUAUGGUAAGAAGAAGUGGGCAGAAGUGGGAGUGGAACGACUGCUAAAUGAAGGGGCAUUCACAGCAGCAUUCCCUCUUCAUGAGGGCCCUUUAGAGAGUACAGCGCAUGAGGGGCUGCCUGAACAGCUGAAUCAGCGGCAGGUUCUCUUCCAUUACUGGGCCCGCUGGUCCAGGUGGUACAAGUACCAGCCUCUGGACCACAUCCGCGAGUACUUUGGGGAAAAGAUUGCCAUUUACUUUGCAUGGCUGGGUUUCUACACGGUUUGGCUUCUUCCAGCUGCGGUAGUUGGAACGCUUGUGUUUGUAUCAGGAAUCAUGUCGAUGCAGACCAACUCCCCAGCGGAGGAGAUCUGCAACAGUGGAGGGGAAUAUCUAAUGUGCCCCCUCUGCAACACCUGUAAUACAUGGAAUCUGUCAGAUAUCUGUCUCAUGGCAAAGAUGGGCUACCUGUUCGACCACCCUGGCACGGUUUUCUUCAGCGUCUUCAUGUCCUUGUGGGCUGUCACCUUUCUGGAAUACUGGAAGCGCAAGAAUGCCAUGCUGGCUUACCACUGGGAUUGCAGGGACUUCCAUGAGGAGGAGGAGCGCCCUCGGCCGGAGUUUGCAGCUAUGGCCCCUACAAUGGAGCACAACCCAGUGACAGGCGUGAAGGAACCCUACUUCCCAAAGCGAGCAAGGCUGUCCCGCAUGCUGACAGGAUCCAUGGUCAUCGUGGUGAUGCUUUGUGUGGUGAUGAUAUUCCUGGUGACGGUCAUCAUGUAUCGAAUCAUAGUCAGCGGGAUGAUAAACCACAAAGAGGCAGCUGUGCUGCGGACUCAGGCAGGCAACAUUGCCAACAUUUCCAGCAGCAUGGUGAACCUGGUUCUAAUCCUGUUGAUGGGGCAAGUUUACGCUGCCCUGGCAGAACAGCUGACCAAGUGGGAGAUGCACAGGACCCAGACACAGUAUGAAGAUGCCUUCACUUUUAAAGUGUUCGUUUUUCAGUUUGUGAACUUCUACUCCUCUCCUUUCUAUGUGGCCUUCUUCAAAGGCAGAUUUGUUGGAUAUCCAGGACACUACGGCACCUUAUUUGGGAUGAGAAAUGAGGAUUGUGGGCCUGGUGGGUGCCUCAUUGAACUGGCUCAGCAAUUGUUCAUCAUCAUGGUGGGGAAACAGCUCAUCAGCAACGCUCAGGAGUUCCUUAUCCCAAAGAUAAAGGCAUGGCAACAGAGAAGACAACUGGCAGGGGUGAGAGGCACACAAAUAUCCCAAGAGCCCCGGCGCUGGGAAGAGGACUAUGAGCUGAUUAAGUGCGAGGGACUUUUUGACGAAUAUCUGGAGAUGGUACUUCAAUUUGGUUUCAUCACCAUCUUUGUGGCGGCCUUUCCCUUGGCCCCUCUUUUUGCCUUGCUCAACAACUGGGUGGAGGUGCGACUGGAUGCCCACAAAUUUGUUUGCGAAUAUCGACGUCCAGUGGCUGAACGUGCACAGAACAUUGGCGUCUGGUUCAACAUCUUGGAGGGCUUGUCUCAUCUGUCUGUUAUCGUCAAUGCUUUCCUGAUUGCCUUCACCUCUGACUUCCUGCCCCGACUACUCUACCAGUACAAGUAUGACAAUGAACUUAGAGGUUAUGUCAACUUCUCCCUUGCCUAUGCACCUCCCAGCUACACUCCUUCAGACUACAUGUCUGUGAAGGACGCUCAUUCCAGCAACUCCACAUGCAGGUAUAAAGCUUUUAGAGACAGCAAUGGAAAAUAUACAUUGUUUUAUUGGGAGCUUCUUGCUGUCCGACUGAGCUUCAUUAUUGCUUUUGAGCACGUGGUGUUUUUUGUCCUGCGUGCCAUUGACUGGAUGGUCCCAGAUGUGCCAGAGUCACUAGAGCUGCAAGUGAAGCGUGAGCACUACUUAGCCAAGCAGGCACUGGCGGAUAACCAGGAAGCCCUGUUGCAAGCGACACGUCUGGUGGCCACAUGAACUGUGUCUGGACACCUGACUGGUUCUACUUGGAGGAGAUGGACAGACAGGAGGAAUCCAGUAUUCAUCAGUCUGCCUGACUGCAUGUGUUUAUAUCUGAGUAUGCAUGCCUUCACUUAUUAUGCAAGAUUAGUACAGCCUUCCCUCACUUAACAUCAUUAAUUCUAACGGCUGGAAAUCUGAAAAUUUAAUAAAAAACAUUAAGCGGAGAAAAAAAAUUUACAUAGUUUUCAAUGGAAAAAAAAAAAAAAAAAAAAUGCACUACCAUGACCCCCACCCACUACCAACAAUUUUCUACAAGUCUAGUAACACAUAGUAAAAUGCCUGUUAAUGAAUUAAAACCAUAGUUUUAGGAUGUUAAAAUGCUUUAGACAUUCAUUUCUGCUCACCAAAAACAAAAAGAGACGAUGCAGCAUGAACAUUUACUAUAUGGCAUGCGAAAAUAAAGAAUGAAAAAAUGGGAAGGGGAAGGAGAGGAACACGGAAAAGACGUCAAAAAUGUUCAAUGACCUACAAAAAACUUCCUAACACUAAUGGUAUUCACCAAACAUAGUGAAUUCUACAAUAUUGAAGGAAGAAGACGGGGUGGACAAGGUUGGGAAUCAGUCAUGUCAUUAUGAGAUGGAGGCGUAAAAGACUCAUAGCCCUGUACUUUAGCAGAAUUGUGGAUAACAGCACACCACAACUUGUCUCUCCAUCCACUGAAGCAGGUAUUUUUCAAGUGUUUCCAUUACAUGAUACCUUUCCUUGUAACUUUUGCUUGUUUUGCUAGGCUAAAUGUGUCACUACGUGAGAAGAGCGCUUUAUAAAAAAAAGUUGCUUCCUAACUUCAUUCACCAAAAUGGUGUGCACUGUUCUUAUGGACAUGUUCAGCAAUGCCACUACAUCUUUUGCACAUUUCUCUAAACGUUCCAUUUGAAACUGAAUUUUGGCACCGGAUUCCAAGCACCAACUAUUCCAGUACCUUUUAGUAUUUGAUGUAUACAUUCUAUUAUGUUUUGGUACUUUCUACAAAGUUAUGGUGCCUUCUAGAAUCUUUCAUUGGCUGUAAAGCACCAAACUAAAACUCACACUCCACAAGAACUAGUGGUAUUUUUUGUAACCGGUAAUGGAAGUUCUGAUUCAUUUGUAUUUAUU